GUCACACAUCAACUCCAGCAACCACCCGCCGUCGACAACCACCACCUCCCCCCUACAUUCUUUUCAGACCAUCUUCGUCCCGGUAGCCAAAAUGUCGGACCAGACGAAGCAGUUUGGAAAGGGCCAGAGGACCGUGCCGGCCCAGAAGGCCCAGAAAUGGUACCCCGUUGAUGACGAGUCGCAGGUCAAGAAAGUCCGCAAGGCUAUCCGUCCCGCCAAGCUCCGCGAGAGCCUUCAGCCCGGUACCGUCUUGAUCCUCCUCGCCGGUCGCUUCCGUGGAAAGCGUGUCGUUCUCCUCAAGCACCUCGAGCAGGGUGUCCUCCUCGUCACCGGUCCCUUCAAGAUCAACGGUGUUCCUCUCCGCCGUGUCAACGCCCGCUACGUGAUCGCCACCAGCACCCGCAUCGACAUCAGCGGUGUUGACGCCCAGACCGUUGAGAAGGUCUCCGCUGCCGACUACUUCACCAAGGAGAAGAAGGCUGAGAAGAAGACCGAGGAGGCUUUCUUCAAGCAGGGAGAGAAGCCCCAGAAGAAGCAGGUUGCCAGCGCCCGUGCCAGCGACCAGAAGGCCAUUGACCAGUCCAUCCUGGCCUCCGUCAAGAAGGAGAACUUCCUUGGCAGCUACCUCGCCAGCACCUUCAGCCUCCGCAACGGUGACAAGCCCCACGAGAUGAAGUGGUAGAUGUGUGACGCGGCGGCCGCGGGUUCGGUAGUUUGUGUGGAGGAAUCCUGUCAAAAGGCGGCUCAAGCAAAGUCGACGGUUCCCCUCUAAUUGUCGGUGGGAAAAGCGACUUCUGCAGCGCCGGAAAGGGCAAAGAUCAAAACAAAAGAAAUUCAAAAACAAAACUCUCAUGAAAUAAAUGUAACUCGAUUCAGGCCUUAUGUUUGCUUAGGAUUGCGGUUUUUUUUUUAGACUUUUUUUUAAUGCGGACGAAAAAAGGACAAAAGGAAGACCGGUC